GCACUGAUGGUUUUUCGAUUCUUUGAGUGUUCAGGCAGGUCACCUCAGGGGCAAACUGGAGUGAAGGCCUACAUGUUGUAAUAAAUUUUCAGCAUUAAAAAAUGGGUAGAUGUUGUGAAAUUCUUUCUUCUUCCAGUGUACCUGUGAUGCUGUGCCUCUUCAUGUCAGCUACGGUGCACGUUGGUAUCUUAAAGGUAAUUGGAUUGUAUCUCAGGGACAUCAGCAUUGAUCUUGAAACUUCAUCAGCCGAUAUGGGAAUUGCACUUGGUCUCCUGAAUACCUUCGUUUACAUACCGAGUCCAUUAAUUGCCACUCUCUAUCGGCAUCGUUCAAUUCGUAGUCCGCUAUUGAUAUCUGGAGCGUUUCUUCUAACUUCAGGAGUGGCGUUAUUUUCAAUGGCAACAACGAAUAUUCAAAUGAGCGUCUGCCUAUCAGUGACAGGUCUCGGAAUCAGUAUCUUGCUGAUAUGUUGUAUAGUGACACUACACCAUGUGGCUAGGGAUAACUACAAUCUAUGUUUAGGACUCGGUUUAAGUGGUUAUGGCGCCGGUAUGGUGCUAUUCCCGCUUUUGGCUGAAUUCUUACACAGCCCUUACGGUUGGAGAGGUGGACUUCUCAUCAUGAGUGCCCUUAUAGCACACGUUAUCCCAUGUGCUGUAGGAAUUACAACGGGGUCAGACGAGAGGAGCAUACGAACACGUGACUUUGAACAAAUCGAAAGCUCGUCUACAGGUAUCAUUGACCAGAAUAUGAACAGAGAAGACACCGAAGCAGCUCGAAGCUCAGAAGGCAGCCGAUUUGGGCAUGUUUCGGUUAUUCAUAGCAUCGCCAAUAGCCUCCGUCAAUCUGAUUUUUACGUGGAUCCUGUAUUCAAUGUCAUAUUCGCUCUCAAUUUUGCCUACUACAUGGUGACCACUGGUUGGUAUUCCUUUCUGGUACCCCAUGUUCUUCAAAGAGGAAUUUCCGUCAAGAAUACCAUCAUCCUGACUUUCGCAGGAGCAAUAGGGAACACUUCCAGCAGACUUGGUGUCGGUGUCGUAACAAACCACCUCUUGACACCUAUCGAUGUCUAUAUCUUCGCUACAAUCCUGAACAUCACUGCUCUCCUCGUCGAUGUGUUUGUAGCCAAUUAUUACAUCAUGUUGGUGACAACUUGCUUCUCUGCAAUGGCCAUUGGGGGGAGAGCUGUUUUGACAUCACUUAUCGUGAGGGAAAGGGCAUCUUCAGACAAAUUUGAUAUAGCGUUUUCACUCAUCAGAUGUAUAUCCGGAAUAGGAAUGUUUCUUGGUGGCUAUUUAGGUGGUUUAUUGGCUGAUACUUUCUCAUCUUUCAACGCUACUUUCAAAAUGUUAACAAUCGUUGACGGUGUCGUUCUCAUCCUGGUCUUGGUGAUGAAAUGCAACCCGAAACCGAAUUCCUCCUGACAUUGCAGUAGGAUAUGCUUACUGCAUUUGUUUAUGCAUGUCAGUCACUUAAUAAUUGGUCAUCGAAUCGAUACCGUGGUCGUAAUAGAGGCCAAGUCGAUCUCAAUUCAAAUAAUAGGACAAAAAAGCAAGUCAAACUCAUCGAAAUCGGAUGCCAAAUUCUGAUAAAAAAGGCAUUUAUUGAUGCUCAUGCAUGCAAUAUCGUACAUGAAAAAACAUCCACAGCUUGAACUUUCACGUUCAUGACAAUAUUGUAGGUAAAAUAUAAAUAUCGUAAUAAAUAUAGAUUAUAAAAGACAAUAUAUAACAAGGUAAUAAUGGUUAAACAAAAACAGCUGAAUUAAGAGGAGGGGAGACUGGUACUUUGUGCGAAUAAAGUUUAAUUAUGAUAAAGUGACUGCAUAAUUAUGAGGAGUGUCCAGCGGAGCAUUUCAUGAAAGGACUUGUUGUCAGACGUUUUGUUCUGUUUUAUCCGACAGUUACUAUGGCAACAGUGCCUCUCAGCCAAUCAUAAUCAAGGAAAGAUGUCAUACCUGAAAACUUGUUGGGACGAAAAUGUUGAUGAAAUGCUCACCAGAUAUCGCCCUUUCAAGUCGCCGUGUCCAACUUUUGUUGUUUAAGAAUUCAACCAAAUCCAGGCAAUGGACUGUUUUUAAAUCUUUUUGUUUUGGCUAUAGAAAUCGUUGAUAGGUAUUUGUACCGCGAAGAGAAGAGAUGUACUCGUGUGUGUUUUUUCCGUUGGUAACCACGUCUUACAAAGACAUACUGAUCGUAAUGAUUUGAUGACACGUACGUGGUGAUCACUUGAAAAUUGUUCCACAUGUCAUAAGGUUCUCAUACCUCGGUCACAUUUGCUCUACGGCGGCCGUACGGAUAGUCGAAAUCAGCCGGUUUUUUUUUUCAUUUUUAUUUAAACCACCUUUUUAAAGCUGGUACAAAACAUGUUAAAACGGCUGCUUUCGACUCGUAUACGGCCGCCGUGAGUAAAUGUGACCGAGGUAUUGGUCACCAUGAUCCAAACAUAAUUUGAUAUGUGACUUUCACAUUAGGAUUAUUGAUUUGAUCAAAAUAUGCAACAAUAAAUCUUACAUGACUGUUACGUAUUUUUAAGACGUUCCACCUUAAUAAAGGCUACCUGAAAGCAGUUUAAGAUAUUGGUAGACAUCAAAGAUCUCAUUUUCAAAAAUCCUGAACUUUAAUGUGUGUUGUAUUUGAUAUUGUUCGGUGGCGAAUCCAUGAUGUGACUCAGCCGGCCUGUGCCCCCCCCCCCUUUUAGAUUCAU